AUGUAUGGAAAUUCUGUAAGAACACUUUACAUAAAGAACUUGAACAAGAGACUACCUAUUAGAGAGGUAAAGAGAAGGCUACACAUGCUUGUUUCUGGUCACUUCAAGGUUCUGAAGGUGAAGAUGAGUAAUAGACCAAAUCUUCUUAGCCAAGCAUUUGUGCUUCUAGAUGAGGAUGUCACAGAAGCAGUUGUUGAAUAUUUGGAUAAAAUGGUAUUUCUUGGAACAACGAUAUCAGUAUGUGCUGCACGCUCCGACAUGUGCAUAGGCAAAAAGGCUGUUAUAAUAACAACAAGCACGUUGCUUAUUACGAGUAUUCCAAGCACUACUUUGCAAGAGGACUUGGAUAUGAUAUUGCAUAAGCUAAAAGGAUUUCAAUGCAUUAGAUUUAUUCGUGUGAAGGACUUGGCAUUUGUAGAUUUCGCCUCAGUUGACGAUGCUUCUGAAGCAUAUUCAAAACUCAAUGAAGAAUUCAUUAACUACCUAAAUGGUGCAAAAGUAUCACCAUCUGCAUAA